AUGUCGCUUGAUUGGAGGAAAUUCGCCUUUUUCUCGUCCGCAAGUUCUAUUCCUUUACCAGCUGUUGAUCCGGUAGAUUUCGCCCUUACUUCUGCAAAGGGACUUUUAUUCAUCGGAGAACGGACAGGGUCUAUUCACUUGUUGAACGGGCACUAUCAAUCGAAUCUGUACCGCGCUCACGAAGGGCGAGUCUUUCAAAUAUGGGCCUCGCCGUCCAAGGACAUCUUCAUUUCCGUCGGCAUCGACGAUUCGCAGCCCACGUUGAAAGUGUGGACCUACGACGAGAAGUUCGCGGAAGACGCCCAGAACCAACCCAAAUGCGUCCAUUCGCGGGUUCUGACGGCGCAGGAUUUUCUUGGAGAUGUUUCCGCUUUGGCUGUAAACUCUGCUCUGACACAAGCUGCGAUCGGCUUUACUGGCGGAAAAGUGCUGCUUUUAAAAGGCGAUAUUCUCCGGGAAAAGCAUUCAAAAAUAUCGCAGCUUCAUUCUUCGGCCUAUCCAGUCACGAACCUGUCGUUUGAUCAAAACAGGCUGUAUGUGAUUACAGUGAAAGACAGUCAACUUUAUGAAAUGCAGGAGAAGAAUCCGGGGAGAAAGCACUUGGACGAAAAGGGCUGCGCGCCGAACUGUGCGUGUUUGUCUUCGUCAAAUGAGCUUAUUGUCGGCAGAUCGGACGAUGUUUUCAGCUACGAUCGUGAAACUAAGCGAGUAACGUCUCAUCCUAUAUCCGGAGAGAAAUUCCAGCUCAUCUCCUUUGGGAUAUAUCUCGUCGUUUUGACAAAAGACAACUCCAGCUCCGCAGACAAGAAACUUUUCCGCGUCACUAUCUUUAGCCUUCACGAUCGUCUCUCUGUAUUUACGUCGGUUUUCACGGAUGUGCACGCAAUUUGCUGCGAAUGGACAUCGAUAUGCAUCCUCAGCGGCACUGAAGAAUUAGAGCUGACCCGACUGAUUGAGUGCGAUGUUGACGCGAAGCUGGACACGCUUUUCCAGCGAAACCAUUUUGACAUCGCGAAGUCGAUCUGCCACGAGCAGGGAUUCGGAGAGAGUGGCCUGGCCGAUGUCAACAAACGCUGGGCAGACUACUUGUUCGAAAAGGGUGAUCUGAUGCAAGCAGCUGAGAAGUAUGUCGAAACGCUGGGCAAACUAGAGCCUUCGUACGUCCUGCACAAACUGAUGGAUGCUCAGCGCUUGCCACCGCUUACUCUCUACCUCGAAGCCCUGGUCAGCUAUAACUCGCAGCACAACAUCGUUAAUGGUGCCACAGAACACAGAAGUCUGCUCAUCACAUGCUACGCGAAAGAAAAAGACGAGCACAAUCUGAAACGUCUUCUUGAGCUCGAUUCGCUUCCUUCUUCAGAUGCGCUUGAAAAUGCGAUGGGAGUACUGCUUCAAUCAGGCCUUACUGAAGCUGCCCUUAGCUUCGCCAAAGCAUCGAAGAAUCACAGCCUUGUGAUGAUGAUCUUGACAGAAAAGAUAUCCAAUCCUAUCGACGCGCUCAACUACGUGAAAUCCCUUUCUCUGGAGGAAAGACUCAAUCUUUUCCGAAAGUAUGGACCUUAUUUUGUUCAAAACUGCAGCAAAGCGUUUCUGGUCGCUCUGAAAGAAAUCGUCAACGCGGAGAAUAUUGUUGUCACAUCGCCUGGCGAGGAAAUUCCACCCAGAAGAGUUCAAUUUAUUGAUAAAGAUGAUUUAGAUUUGGCACCGUCGACAGAAGUGAAUAUUCAGUACCUCUUAGAUAUUCUCGAAGGAGACAGUUCGCUAGCACUAGAAUUCACAGAGUACUGCCUAUCUAUACGAAAAUGCCAAGGCCUCAAAUUUCUAUCACAGCGGUUCAUGGAAAUGCAACUUCGUCGACUUACUUCUUCCAACGAUGAAGCAGAAAUCCAUCGCCUCGAGCAAAGCAUAAUCAGCUUGAUUGAAAGCAAGAAGCUAGAGUACAAACAAGCGUUAGUCUACUGUAGACAAUUCAAUUUCACAGCCGGACUUGUUAAACUGCUAGAAAGUGGAGCGGGUGGCGAUCUUACGGACUUACUCUCCGUCUUGCUGGAAAGUGGACAAAACGAGCAGGCUCUCAAUUUGUGCAAGAAAAAUGGUCGAAACGAGCCAGAUCUUUGGAGAAAAGCGAUCCUGUACUGGUCGAGUAGGUCUAAUUACGACGGAGUUCAAGCAAUCUUGACCGAAGCGAUACCUGCUGCGUCCGAAUGCAUAGAUUUGAGCUCAUUAAUCAAUAUGCUGAAAUCUUCCUCCGCUCCAAUUUCGAUUCUAAAGCCUCUGAUUUUGAAGAAGCUGGAAAAGGACGACGAAGAUAUACGAAAGUGCGAAAGCCGCAUUUCAAAACUCUCCUCAAAUAUUGAAAAGCAGAAAGAGAAGCGCAAGAAUCUUUUACAACAAGCGAGCAUUUUCAAAUUAAGCAAGUGUAAGCUCUGCGCGAAGGACCUUUCACUGCCAAGCGUGCACUUCCUCUGCGGCCACAGCUUUCAUCGUCAUUGCUUCACUACCUACAUUGAUCAGGAUGGCGAGUGUCCGAUCUGCGCGCAGCAGAACCGACAGGUCCUUCAGUCGCUCAAACUCGCCAGCAGUGGCGAAAUGUCGGACGAAAAGUUUCUUGGGCAAGUGAGCAAGUCUUCGGACAGCUUUGGGACAAUUAUCGACAUGCUCGCGCGUGGAGAAAUUAUAACUCAUAAGAGGAAAAUUGAGAAGCCUAAAGACGAAAUUGUAACCGAGUCCAAACCCGUCUCAAACAAGCUCCUGGCGAACAGAGCGCGGAUAGCAAGCGAACUUAAAUUUGGUCUGACUCCAGAAACGCCUAAAUCCUUCUCCAAAGACUCCAGAAGUCCAAAGACAAACUCGGUGAAAGCGAUUUUGGAAGUACCGCCAGAGGAAAAACCUUUCGAUAUCCAAUUGAACAAACCAGCGACGAUUCCACCCGCUGAGAAUCCAUUUGGAGAGGAAGUUUCUUCAGAGAACGAAGGGAAUCCUUUCGGCGAGCCAGAUGAGCCCGAGCCAACUGCAGAGAAAAAGAAAAACUUCGAAUUCAGUAAUCCGUUUGGCGAGUCACCAAGCGAACCAAGUGGGAAUCCGUUUGGCGAUGAUGAUUCUGAAAGUCCAGGCGAAGGAAAUCCUUUCGGCGAAGACGAUUCAGGAGACGCAGGGAACCCAUUCGGCGACGACGAGGACGAAAACGACGCCAACAACCCAUUCAAUUGA